AUGGCUUCUCAAGGCCUCCAGAUCAUGGGUGUGCUGCUGGCCUUCGUCGGCUGGCUCGGCACCAUCAUCACCUGCGCUCUGCCCAUGUGGAGAGUCACCGCUUUUGUCGGGGCCAACAUUGUCACUGCUCAGGUGAUCUGGGAAGGCUUGUGGAUGAACUGUGUGGUUCAGAGCACGGGCCAGAUGCAGUGUAAGGUGUACGACUCUAUGUUGGCACUACCUCAAGAUCUGCAGGCUGCCAGAGCGAUGGUGAUCAUCUCUGUGAUAGUUGGGGUGUUCGGUGUCCUCAUGGCUGUGGUUGGAGGAAAGUGCACCAACUGCAUGGAGGACGAAGUGGCCAAAGCUAAAGCCUGCAUUGUGUCUGGGGUGGUCUUCAUAAUCGCCGCUCUCCUCAUCCUGAUCCCAGUGUCGUGGUCGGCUCAUGCAGUCAUCAGAGACUUUUAUAACCCCUUGGUGAUUGCCGCUCAGAGGAGGGAGCUUGGUGCAGCACUCUACAUCGGCUGGGGCUCUGCUGGGCUGCUGCUGCUGGGAGGGGGUCUGCUCUGCAACAACUGCCCCCCAAAAGACGGCAGACCCUACAUACCUGCUAAGUUUACCCCUUCAAGAGUAGCUUCAUCAAAUGCAAAUUAUGUGUGA